AUGGCUGGCCUCAACGCAGAGCAACUGGCCUCGUUCCACGAGAACGGCUACCUCGUGAUCCCAGACUACCUCAGCUCGACCGAGGUAGCAUCGCUACUCACCGAGGCCAACAAGCUCCUCGACAACUUCCCGCUGGAGUCGCACCCACUGACGCGGUUCACAACGGGCGACGACGACACCGCCGACCAUGUGGGCGACGACUACUUCCUGACGUCGGGCGACAAGAUCCGGUUCUUCUUCGAGCCGGACGCCUUCACCACAGACCCGGACCCGCUAACGGGGCGUGCCGCGCUCAUCAAGCCCAAGCACCUGGCCGUCAACAAGAUCGGGCACUCGCUGCACACGCUGUCGCCGCCGUUCCGGAGCGUCACGCUGGAGCAGCGCAAUGCGGCGGUCGCACGCUCGCUGGGGUUCCAGGACCCGCGCGUGCUGCAGAGCAUGCUUAUUUGCAAACAGCCCUCCAUUGGUGGCGCGGUGCCGUCUCAUCGCGACUCGGAGUUCCUGUACACGGAUCCGCCCUCGGCAGUUGGGUGGUGGUAUGCGCUACAGGAUGCGGGGCCGGGCAAUGCGACACUGGGCAUGUGGAAAGGGUCGCAUACGGGCCGGAAAGGUGGGCACAUCUUGCGUCGGUUUGUGAGGAAGAGUUCUGGGUCAGGUACGGAGUUCAUUGAGAACCGAGGCCCUGCGCUGCCCAGGGGGGUCGAGGAGGAACAGAGUGAAUCACCGACAGACGAGGAACUCGAGAUCCUGGAUAUCAAGGCUGGGUCGUUGGUGCUGAUUCAUGGUAAUGUGCUGCACAAAAGUGAGAAGAACACGAGUCCUCGCAGCCGGUUUGCGUAUACGUUCCAUGUCAUUGAGGGCGCCGAUGGCUGGGAGUAUGAUGCGCGAAAUUGGCUGCAGCCGCCUGAGGCUGGAUUCUCGAAGCUUUCUCCAUCGGACAAUACAUAG